AUGCAGAACCCCACCUACUUCGAAACGAAGGAGCGAAAUAGUCAGUCGAUCUAUCUAUACAGUAACAUCCUAUCACUCAUCUACUGCAGCUCUUUAGUGACUUACAUUUUCAUCCUGAUAUUCGACCUAGCCAAAAAGAACUACGUUGUAAAUAGCUUCUACAUCGUCAACUUGGUCUCUCACUUUAUUAUUUUUCUCCUUCUAAGUGAUAUUCAAAUGAGGAAUACAGAUUUGCGUGUAGUGACAAGCGGGGUGGACACAACCAUGUCGAGGGUUACGAUGCCCCUGGUUGAGAGGUUAUCUCCUGGGAGCUACUCAGACACAGAGAGAACAACAUCCCCAAAUGAUAUGCUGCAAAAAAAGAGGGAGAUCAAUUUUUAUUUUAAGAGGAACCUGCAGGAUAGGUUGAGCUCGGGGGAGUUCCUCAGCGUGGGGCUGUUCCAGAGGAGCGCCGCGGAGUUCAUCCUUGGCGGUGGGCUCACGGGGAUCGGCGAGGGGGGAGGAAGCCGCGAUGGGGACAACCAGGACAAAGAGAAGAGGAACAGCGACAGCGACGAGGAGCCUCCGUACACGUACGAAAGGAAGUGCCUCAAGUUCCUGUACCUGUUCAUUGUCAUCAGCUCCAUAUGCAGUGGAUACAUAAAAAUAUACCAAAAGAGAAUCAUGUACUGUAUCUUCUACGUCAACAUAGGAGUCAUCACAUCGCUCCUCAUCUUAAUGAACAGCCUCUUUAAGCUCUUCGCCCACUCCCUCAACUACGUAGUCACAAACAACAACUCAGACAUGGAUGUUAGCGGUAAGAAUGCUAGCGGCAUGGAUGCUAGCGGUAUGGAUGUUAGCGACACGGCUGUUAGCACCACCGAUAUCAACAGCACAGAAAUCAGCGACUACAUAAUCCUAUUUCUAGUCAUAGAUAUGUUUGGCCUGUUAAUGAUUUUGAUUUUUACAUAUAAAUGGUUUUAUCAGAAGAAGCUGUGGGUCAAUCUACACAGCAUUUUUUACAACUAUGAAUAUGUCUGUUUUUAUCAUAAGGAGACAUACUACCUUUAUUCAGUCGACAAAGACAUAGAUAAUAUUUUGGUUCAUAUCGAUAUGUGCAGAGAUGAUAAUAUCAGGAUAAGUUUUUCUGCGUAUAUGAGUUUGAAUAAAUCAAUUUUUUAUGAUUAUUUGCGUGUGAAUAGAUUUAGGAAGAACAAACUUCGUAUUUUGGAAAUUGAGGAUGAAACCCUCGAGGUGAAAAGUACUUACAAGGUGAUGGACCCACCGGGGGAGAGGAGCACCCCGAGCGGGGAUCGCGGGGAUCGCGGGGAACGCGGUGAGCGUGGAGAAGUGGGCCAGCGGGGUGAACGGGGCCAACCUGACCAACGGGGCGAAGUAAUCCAACUGGGCGAGGCAGACCAACGGGGCGAAGUAAGCCAGCGGGGCACUCCAUCCUUCAGCAGGAAGAAGAACCACAGCUACACCAUGAAGCCGUACAAAAUCUGCAUAGAGUCCCUGAGCAGCCUGGCCAAUUUAGGCCCCAAUGAGGAGGGGGAGGAGGAGGAGGACCUACGCGAAAGCGCAAUUCCCAAGAAUGGGUUAGCGGCUGGUCAGUUAGAGGCUAACCAGUUUGCUGCUAACCAGUUUGCGGCUACCCAGUUUGCUGCUACCCAGUUUGCUGCUAACCAGCUGAGCAACGAGAAAUCGCAGGGCCAUCUAGAAAUGAACGCCGCUCGUAGGGAGGUGGGAAACGUGCAAACGGAGAGGAGCGGCAAAAUUCCCAGCUGCGUGAAGAAGCAGGGGAGGAGGUUGGCAAAGGGAGACUCGGUACAUUUUCUGGACCAACCGGAGGGGGAAGCAGCCUGCGCGGACGCACAAGUGCACACCCAUCUAUCCCAUGAUCAGAGUACCCCGAAAGGAGCGGACGAAGCGGACGAUGUGGACGAAGUGGACGAAGCGGACGGAGCGGACGAAGCGGACGAUGUGGAGGGUGGGAAACUCUGCAGGGAAGAAAGCGUGGACCCCCAAGAGAGGGAAGAACAAAGGAGGAACGUUUUAUUAAUCCCAAAUUACGAUGAAGAGUGUAACAGAAAUGUAGACUACUAUGACGAGUGGGAGUUGUCUGACGAUGGGGGCGACUCGGGAGCUUCCUUCCUCAGUAGAGCAGAUGAAAGGAACGGCCAGGUGAAAAGCGGCCAGGUGAAAAGCGGCCACGUGAAAAGCGGCCACGUGAAAAGCGACCAAAUGAAAAUCAAAAUUUUGGAUAUCUACCAAGGGAUAAAAAAUUUCUGCUCCUCCUUCACAUUUUAUUUUUUCUUCUUCAUUUUUAUCUAUGCUUUUUUGUUAUCCAUUAUGCACAUUUUUAUUAAUUACUUUUUUUACAUUUACCUGUUUGUGUUUAACAUCAACAUUUAUGUAUCCAAUAUAUACACCAUCAUCAUGACGUUCGUUUCGCUUAUCGCUAUUCCUUUUUCUGGCUACAUCGUGGACAACAUAGGAUCGUUUUUGUCCCUGCUGUUGUGCUCCUCGUCCUUCAUCUUGGUGGCCAUAUCGGGGUCCAUAUAUUGCUACAAGUUUAACCUGAGCAUCAGCGAGUCGAUCAUCCCCACGGUUAUCAUUUCCCAGAUCCCCACUCAUAUGUGCGUGAAGAAUAAUGAAAAUAUCACGUCAGCCUUUGCCUUUUUCGAGUUGGUUACGAUGAUAAUCAUAAGUGUGAACAAUUACAUUUUUGGUUGUUUUUUAAUUAAAGAAGAGUACCUAAAGGGUCUGUAUGUCCUGUUUUUUUUCGUCAUCCUGGUGAUUAUCCUUAUCCUUUUAUUAAUUCUCACCAUUUACCUUAAGAAGAAGCGGAGCGCACGCGCUUACAAGAGCCCACGGAACGCCGACCUUGUGCAGCCUCUCCUGUGA